GUUCGCCGGUAACUCACUACAAAAGACACACAAAUUGCGCGCUAUCGUCAAAAGUGCGCACAGUCGAGGAUAGCGGGUACCUGAGCGCGCAACUGCGAUGGACGAUCAUCACCACCAGCCCAUCUGGCCUAUGCUGCAGGGGGCACUCGACUAUAUUCUUAAUAUAGCUGGAGAGGCUUGGGCUAUGUUGCGCAAGCAAAAUGAAAUACCGCGAGAACAGUCUGCGGGCGAGAUAAGAGAGCGAGCCGAUAGGAACGAGACUGUGGUGAAGCAAGCGGGUAAGGAUGUAAAGCGAGCUAGCAUUGGUGAGAGAAUUGAGAUGCCAGAAGGGAGCGCAAAGAGUGGCUGAAAGACGUAUCUAACGAAUGAGGAGCUAGAGAAUACUUCGGCCACCAUUGGAGAUCUAUGAGGAUCAAGGGAAGGGGAAAAACUAUGGGUACUUCGUAUGAGUAGGAUGCAAGAGCUCUGCAGUAGGUGAAUAGUGGCAAAUUUCUGCUUACGGCCUCCACCUGAUAUAAAGAGAUCGAACACAAUGAUUUGGUGAGGACACUGCAAGUGGGAAGUAUUCAAAGGCUACUAAAACCAAAUAUAUCCCCCAUCAUCCGU